UCACGAUCGUCCAUCAUGUCCAAUGUUCUGCGACCAUACCUUGCUGCUGUGCGGUCUACGCUGACGGCGGCAUUGACUCUGGAAGACUUCGCAUCACAGAUUGUAGAACGACACAAUAAGCCCGAGGUGGAAGUAGGGUGCUCGAAGGAAGUGCUCUUGAACCCACUCAUAAUCUCCAGGAAUGAGAACGAGAGAGUUCUGAUCGAGCCUUCAAUCAACUCUAUCCGAUUGAGUAUCAAGAUCAAGCAGGCUGACGAAAUCGAGCGGAUAUUGUGUCACAAGUUCACUCGGUUCAUGAUGCAGAGAGCAGAGAGCUUCAUUGUACUACGGAGGAAACCAGUCAAGGGAUAUGAUAUCUCGUUCUUGAUCACCAACAACCACACGGACACUAUGCUGAAGCACAAGAUCGUGGACUUCAUCAUUCAAUUUAUGGAGGAAGUAGACAAGGAGAUUAGUGAGAUGAAGCUUAGUCUCAAUGCAAGGGCCCGUGUGGUCGCAGAGUCUUAUCUCCUCGCAUUCAACUCAUGAGUUGGUUAUGAGCAAUCAUGCUUAUGUAGAUGGAGGGUCAGCCGUUGGCGCGGCAUUACACACCUGCAGCGACUCGGACUCUGACUUAGACGGAAGGAACAGCAGUGUAUUUCUUACGACAUCUGGUAUCAAACAGGACUUUCAAUACUUCUGACUCCUGAGUGAAUCUUGUUCAACUUCCACGAAUCAAACGAGGGUUUACUC